UAUUUAUCAGCAGUAGUCUCUGACCAAACUCCGUCAGUCAGUCAUGGGUCAUUCUGGGAUUCAGACGUUAACAUGGACACUCUGUGUCCUUCUGUGCAAAAUUUCUCAGGGUGACGCACAAGAAGAAAUACAGUAUGUUGUGGCCGUUCCUGGAGUCAUUGAAUCUGGAACUGAAGCCAAGUUCUGUGCAAGUCUCCUGGAGCUUAAUCAAGCUGUGGUCAUGACUGUCGUUUUGAAAUCCAAAGAGAAAAACACAACACUUUUAGAGAGGACUUCAGACAAGAAAUUUCAUGAAUGUACUGAGUUUCAGGCACCAACAGUGCAGAAUGAAGAGGUGCAUAUACUCGAAGUGUCGGUGCAAAGUAAUACGUUUUACUCCAAAAAAUCCCAGAAGAUCAUGAUUAAAGCCUUUCAGCCGAAACCGUUUGUCCAAACAGAUAAACCAAUUUACCUUCCCGGACAGAUGGUAAAUUUUAGAGUUUUUGCAUUGGACAGUAAAUUAAGACCUGCAAGUCUCCUGUUCAACGUCAUCGAACUGCAGGAUCCUCAUGGGAACAGAAUUGGACAAUGGCUCAAUGAGACGUCGGAUGGUAAAAUAUUAGCGCUUUCUUACUCCCUCAGCUCUGAGGCACGUGAAGGAGUACACCAAAUUGUUCUGUCAGUGGGUGAUGAUAAGAUUUCUCACAGCUUCAAGGUGGAGAAGUAUGUUUUGCCUAAAUUUGAGGUAACACUAAAUGUAAAAGAGGAAGUGAGUAUUGGGCAGGAGGAGAUUACUGCAGAAGUUUGUGCAAAGUACACAUUUGGACAGCCUGUGCCAGGAACCAUUUCUGUUAAGAUGUGCCGACCUUCUCAACCCUUUUAUUAUGGUGUUACCGUAAAAAAAGAGGAUGGUUCUCCCGUGAUAACUGAACCAUGUGUUGGAAAGAUUAAGCAGACAGAUAAAAGUGGCUGUACCACCCUUGAAUUCAGUAUGUCGACUUUCACAAGAAUGGAUGCAAAGAUUUUGCGCGAUGAGCUGAAGGUAGAGGCUUUGGUAGAAGAGGAGGGGACAGAGAUUUCACUGGGACAGGCAAAGACAAUCCAGCUUUCCUAUGUUAUUGGGAAGCUAUCUUUCACUGACACCCCCAAGCUUUACAACCAAAAUUCAACUCUGGAAGGAAAGGUCAAAGCCGUUUACUACAACGACACUCCCAUAGCUGGAAUGCAGUUACAUGUGCUUUCUGGCAGGAUGUGGUCACCUGAAGAACAGGCCAUAGUUACGACUGAUAUCAAUGGAACUGCCCCUUUCUCAAUUAGUACACGUUCAUUUGUUGGUACCAUCAACCUCCACGUAAGCGACAAACCAUCCCUGGAUCACUCUCGUUAUCGAGAAGUUUUUUAUCAGUUGGGUUCUCACACCAUUAAUGUGGCCACGCCUCCUUCUCCUGAUGCUGUAACAGCCAGCUCCCUGGAGAUCAAGAGGGAGGCGUCUCUUUCUUGUAACAAGAAUGAGGAGAUCAUUAUCCAGUACACCUUAGUGAGAGAAGCCCAGGGCUCCGUGGAUGUCGUGUAUCUGGUCUUAUCCAAACAAUCCAUUUACAUGCAAGGACAUAAAACGAUCCAGGUGCACGAUGUGCCAGUGAAUCAGGGAGAAGUGUCAUUCACAUUGGACGUAUCUCCUGACAUGGCGCCAACUGUCCAGAUUGUUGUCUACGCCAUUCUCCCGAGCCAGGAAUUCAUAGCGCACUACGUUUCCCUCUCCACUGGGGACUGCUUCAAGAAUGAGGUGUCUGUUGAGUUUUCCCCCUCCUCAGCUGUCCCAGGAGAGGAGGCUGAAAUGCAGUUGACCGCCCACCCAGACUCACUGUGUGGUGUCAGUGCUAUAGAUCAGAGCGUGCUCAUUAAGGAGCCAGGUGGAACUCUGGAUGCAGACAAGAUCUAUAACCUUCUGCCUUUAAGAAGAACAUAUAUCCCUUAUGAAAUUCAAGAAGUGCCGGAAUGUUUGCCUGUGAGACCAAAGAGAUACAUUUCCCCAGAUUAUAUUCACCCUCCAAAUAUUGGGCAGAGUGAUGCCUAUUCAAUGUUCCAGAAUGCAGGAUUGAAGGUUGCAACAAACUUGAUUUUGCAAGUACCCACAUGUCUCAAGUUUAAAGGGAGGAUGUACCACACUGGAAUGGCUGGGGGUAUAGGCCUCUAUAGAGAUGGCUUAAAUGGCCCUCCUCUAAUGAGCAGGAUGGGAGCUCCACCAGGUCUACCAGGUGCAGUUGGAGCUGCUCCUGAAGCCAUGGCUUCUGUUGCUUAUGACUAUGACGCAGGUCCUGAACCAGUGGAAACAGUCCGCACAUUUUUCCCUGAAACCUGGAUUUGGGACUUGGUGGAAGUUGGAGAGUCUGGAAAAAAGACUGUGGCUCACACUGUCCCAGACACCAUCACCACCUGGGAGACAGAAACCUUCUGCUUGUCCUCUCAAGGUUUUGGUCUGGCUCCUCGUCAAAAGAUUACCGUCUUCCAGCCUUUUUUCCUUGAGCUGACCCUGCCCUACUCCAUCAUCAGGGGGGAGAACUUUGAGUUGAAAGCAACUGUCUUCAACUACCUGAGCAGCUGCAUCAUGGUGGAGGUAACUCCGACCCCCUCAUCAGACUACACCCUCACUGCCCUCUCUAGUGACCAGUACACAUCCUGCCUGUGUGGGAAUGAACGCAAAACCCUCCGCUGGAACUUGGCUUCUAUUGCAUUAGGGGUUAUGAAUGUGACAGUCAGUGCCGAGGCUGUACCUUCCCAUGCUUCAUGUGACAACGAGAUCGUGAAGGUCCCAGAAAGAGGCCGCAUUGACAAAGUCACCAAAUCUCUUAUAGUCAAGGCUGAAGGAGUUGAGGUAACAAAGGCAUACAACUGGCUGUUGUGUCCAAAUGGAAACACUUUGACUGAGACGACAGAGAUCCAACUUCCUGACAAUGUGAUUGAAGGAUCUGCCCGUGGGACGGUAUCAGUUCUUGGUGACAUCCUGGGGCGUGCCUUGAAGAACCUGGAUGGACUGCUGCAGAUGCCAUAUGGAUGUGGAGAGCAGAACAUGGCUCUGCUUGCUCCUGACAUCUACAUUCUUCAUUACCUAAAAAGCACCAAACAGCUGACCCCAGAGAUCAAUGAAAAGGUGUCCCAGUUUUUGAAGAGUGGCUACCAGAGACAACUGAACUACAAAGACAGUGAAGGGGCUUACACUACAUUUGGAUCAGGACCAGGCAACACAUGGCUGACAGCAUUUGUACUGAGAUCUUUUUACAAAGCGCAGUCUUUCAUCUACAUCGAUGAAGAGAAAAUUAAAGAAUCCAGGAGAUGGCUUGAAGGAAAACAAAUGCAGAAUGGCUGUUUCGAACAAUCAGGAAAACUCUUCAACAACAGAAUGAAGGGUGGAGUGUCUGAUGAAGUUACUCUGAGUGCUUAUAUCACUGCUGCCUUUUUAGAGAUGAAAAUUUCCCCAAAUGACCAUGUUUUGAAUAAAAGCCUGUUGUGCCUCAAGUCGUCCCUGAGCGACCUCAGCAACACCUACACUACAGCUCUUCUAGCUUAUGUCUUCACGCUGGCAGAAGACAUGGAGACACGUGAUCAUCUUCUGAAGCAGCUUGACAACUCUGCAAUAAGAGAAGGGGGGUUCCUGCACUGGUCACAAACAGGAACCGAGAAGUCUGAUUCCCUCUCAGUGGAGAUUACCUCCUAUGUGCUAAUGGCCAAACUAGGAGCAUCUCCCACCUCUGAAGAUCUGGGCUACGCCUCAAGCAUUGUCAGGUGGUUGUCAGGACAGCAAAACUACUACGGAGGAUUCUCCUCCACUCAGGACACAGUGGUGGCCCUCCAGGCGUUGGCCCUGUACUCCAGUCUGGUUUUCACUCCAGGCGGUUCAAGCACGGUCACUCUUCAGUCUCCUAGCGGCCAGCUGACGUUCCACGUAAAUCCAGACAAUAAGCUUCUUUAUCAGGAGAGCGUGCUGCAGAAAAUGACAGGAAGCUACAACCUUGAGGUGAAAGGAUCUGCGUGUGCUUCAGUGCAGAUUUCUCUCUUUUACAACAUCCCCACCCCCCAAGAGACAAACACCCUGAGUAUAAAGGUUCUACCGGAAGCUGACUUAUCAACCAAGAAACCCAGAGUGAUUCUGAAGCUCAACUCCCUAUACACUGGGAAAGAGACAAACACAAACAUGGUGAUCAUAGAUAUCACAAUACUGUCUGGAUUUGUACCGAACGUGAAGUCUUUAGACAGUAUCAAGAAAGCACCCCUCGUGGAUCGUGUCGAGCACAAAGACGGCCAUGUUUUGGUUUACCUUCGAGAGCUGGUGAAGGAGCUACCCAUGAACUACAGCCUGGUACUCGAACAGCAGCACGUCGUGCAGAACCUCAAACCUGCUGUGGUCACACUCUACGACUAUUACCAGCCAAGUGAACGAGCUGAGGCCGAAUAUACUUUUCAAAAUUGAGGAGUCACUGCUGCACUUCAGAUCACAAGAAUGCGGGUGGCAGUACAUGCCUGAACCUCAUCAUUUUACCUCCAGGAGGAGACAUUAAGCAUCACUUUUGUAUAAACUAUGAGUUUUAAAAGUUCAGUAAAGAGACUGUCCUAAGUGAAGCUCAUGGUUUUAUUUCUGUGAUCCACUUUGUGUGAACGAGUUGAAAAGAAGAGAUGAAAAGUAUGAAAUACAUUAAAAGAAGGUUUAUGACCAAAAUAA